AUGCAAGCUGUGCGCCAUCACCCUCCCGGCGGCACUGACAAGCUCAGAAUCGUCCAAGAAGACAUACCAGAGAUCGAUGACGAUGAGGUCCUGGUCAAAGUACACGCUGCCAGCGUUAUCUGGAUGGAGCUCUACUGGCCGAUCUACCAGAAGGAGGACGGUACCUACAAAACACCUAUCCCCGGAGAGGACUACUCGGGUGUUAUAGCAAAGGUGGGGUCCAAGGUGCCACAUGAAAGCGGCCUCCAAGUGGGCACCGAAGUCAUGGUCUUCAUGAGCAAGGCCUUCCCCACCAAGCGAAGCAUUGACGGCGGCAUGGCGGGCUAUGCGAAAGCUCACUUCUCCAAAAUGGUCCGCAAGCCCCAAAGUCUAAGCCUCACCGACGCUGCAUCGGUUCCACUUUCCGCUCUCACGGCAUGGCAGGGCUUGUUUGACCACGCAAAGCUCGCAGCUGGACAGACCCUGCUGGUCACCGGAGCGGCUGGUCCGACUGCGAUCUGGGCCGUCCAGAUGGGUAAGAUGGUCGGGGCUCGAGUUAUCGGCACGGCGUCAUCCGAAGGAAGCUUCGAGCUCCUCAAGUCGUUGGGAGUGGACCAGGUCCUGAACUACAAGGAAGUCAAGCUAGACUCUGCUCUGGAGAAUGUCGACGUUGUCUUUGAUGCGGUAGGCGGUGACACGACGAAGCAGGCCUUGAAAACUCUCGGCAAAGACGGCACGCUUGUCAGCAUCGUGGACACAACGGCCGGUGACCUCAGCAAAGAGGCUGGCCAGAAGGUGGUCUUCUUUAUUGUUGACAUGAAUGCGGAGCAGUUAGUGAAGAUUGGGAGCUUGAUCGACGAGGGCAAGCUGAAGGCGGUCGUCGACUCCGUUUAUGAAUUUGACGAUGUAGUAAACGCCUUCAAGAAGGGCGAGACGGGGCACGCUCAUGGGAAGAUUGUGCUCAAGGGGCCCAACAUUUGA